GGGGAGAAUUAGUGCCUGGUGUUCGUUGUGUCAAUCGCUUGGUUUUAAACUCUCUUCGUCACGUGAACUUUAUUGGAACUGAAACUAAAUAAUCCUGUAUCUUCCCCAGCAACAAGAUGAUAGUGUCAUCUGAUUGGUCCAACCUGACCUUGCACCUGCAGGAUUCAUUAACAAGUGCUGUAGGUCAUUUUCUGGAGCAGUGGCAAUGGAAUGUCACGCAGGCUGAACGCACGUUGGAUGCCCGGCUGGCUGAGGAAAACUUCCGCGAUGUCAUCUGGUACCUUGUGGUGAUGAUCGGCAUGUUUGCCUUCAUUGUAGUGGCCAUUCUAGUGAGCACAGUGAAGUCGAAGCGGAGAGAGCACUCCAAUGACCCAUACCAUAAAUACAUAGAGGGUGAAUGGAGCACCCAACCUCAGAUCCAAGCGUAUAACCAGAGCUACGUCAUCUCCAAUCCCAGCACCAGGACCUUUGAUGGCCCUGGUUCACCCUGAGCUGCCCUGUGCUCUGGAUGUAUAGCAUAUUUUAAGUGACAUAUCAGCUUUGUCCAUUUCAUUCAAUAUUGAGCAAACUGAAAUGUUGUUUGACUUUGUGUUAAACAAAUGAAAAAUGCAAAACACA